CUGGAGUCUCACAUGCGUUCGUCAACUUGGGUUCCGACCAUCCAUCGAUCCUGGAGGCCAUGGUCAAAGGCCAGAGGGAGAAGCCAGACCAAUUCCCCAAGAUCAUCACCUGUCCCAAUGAGGUAUUUCUAGAUUCGCCUCUCAUACCUAUCUCACUCGGAGACGGGUCCGACUUCAGCCAGCUGACAUUGCCUCCUACGCUAGAUGGUCGCUCUCUCCAUGGCAGAUGGCUACGCUCGACUUACCGGAAAGCCUCAGUGCGUGAUUGUUCACGUAGAUGUCGGAACACAAGGCCUAGCCGCUGCUGUACACAACGCUUCCUGCGGUCGUGCUCCGGUGCUAAUCUUCGCCGGCCUCUCCCCAUUCACAAUCGAAGGAGAGAUGCGCGGCUCCCGCACCGAAUACAUACACUGGAUCCAAGACGUUCCCGACCAGAAACAGAUCGUGUCCCAGUACUGUCGUUAUACGGCCGAGAUCAAGUCUGGCAAGAACAUAAAACAGAUGGUUAACCGGGCACUUCAGUUUGCGACAAGCGACCCGAAAGGACCCGUUUACCUGACCGGUGCUCGAGAGGUUAUGGAAGAGGAGAUAGAGCCCUACACGCUAGCCCAAGGCGUCUGGGGACCGGUUGCACCGUCGGCUUUGACACCAGAGGCCGUCGAGCUGAUCGCCUCUCAUCUGGCCGCUGCCAAAGAGCCCCUAGCGAUCGUAGGCUACUCAGGUCGCUCUGCUCGGGGGGUGAAAGAGCUAGUCACACUGGCCGAUACGUUCAAGGGACUCCGGGUUUUGGACACGGGUGGAUGCGACAUGUGCUUUCCGGGCGACCAUCCUGCAUCGUUAGGACUCCGUUAUGGUAUCCAUGACGCUAUCAAGACCGCCGACUUCAUCCUAGUUGCCGAUUGCGAUGUACCAUGGAUCCCAACACAGUGCAAACCAUCGGAUUCAGCCAAGGUCAUCCACAUUGAUGUUGAUCCGCUCAAGCAGCAAAUCCCUGUCUUUUACAUUCCCUCUAUAGCAACUUUUCGGGCGGAGUCUGCGACUGCAUUCAAGCAGAUCAACGACUUCGUCGCGUCUAGCAAGGCUCUGCAGGAGGUGAUCAAUUCUGAAGAACAAGUCGCAUUCGGUCAGCGCCGGGAAGAAGAAUAUAAGAAGACGCGUCAAGCUGUUGCCGACAUUGCUGUAGUACCUUCGGGAGGCGACGACGCUUCAUUGAAUGCAUCCUACCUCAUGGCUCAAGUCCGAAAAUGUUGCCCAGAGGACACCAUCUGGGCCGUUGAAGCGGUAACCCUUACUGCGAUUGUAGCCGACCAAAUCAAUGCCACCCUGCCCAACUCCUGGAUCAACUGCGGUGGUGGUGGCCUGGGAUGGUCCGGUGGCGGUGCCUUGGGAAUCAAGCUGGCUACCGACGAUCAGCACGGGGGAAAGAACAAGGGUAGAUUCGUGUGCCAGGUGGUGGGCGACGGGACAUUCCUCUUCUCUGUACCAGGCUCCGUUUACUGGAUUGCCCGGCGCUACAAUAUCCCAGUGCUUACGAUUGUGCUCAACAACAGGGGCUGGAAUGCACCCCGCAGAAGCAUGCUUCUGGUUCACCCCAAUGGAGAUGGCUCGCGUGCAACGAACGAAGAUCUCAAUAUCUCUUUCGCUCCUACCCCAGAUUAUUCAGGCAUCGCGAAGGCUGCAGCUGGAGGUGAGCUUUGGGCUGGUCGCGCGGCUACGGUAGCCGAGCUAGGCAAGCUUCUACCAGAGGCUAUCCAGAGUGUGCUCAACGGGACUGCAGCUGUCCUGGAAGCCCAGCUAGACGGGACCACUGGAAAGUAUGUUGAGAAGAAAUAGGGGAGACUCCACAAGUCAUCAGCCCUUUUCUUAGCCAAUUGGAUGCUUUCGCCUAGCAGAUGACUCUAUCCACAACUUGUAUCUCUUGACAUCUUUAUAGAGCGGAUCUUUUAGCCUAGCAGCCUAGUAUUUAAUUCUUGUUGAUGAUAAUUGUGCCAGGGCAGCAUCGCCAUUCUCACCGAAAGUCGUGCUUAUCGGCUGUCCGGCACUUAUCAAUCAACGCUCCGAUCCCGGCGGUAGCCUUAUUUAUGCGUGCGGGGCACAUUAUUACAGUUGACCGUCUGUACGAGUCAACAAUAUAUUCCACAGGACAAACAGAGAGUUCAGUCGGGUGCCUAUGCAAUUGUUACUAGGAUUGUAAACAUAGGAGCAAGAUCAAUCGCAAAGACCA